GACCCCCAGGGAGGGGGGCCAAGGAUGGCUUAACAACAUCGACCAUUUCCGAACGCACACAAAGUACCCGCCUCGCCGGUUUCAGACGUUCCGAGUGUGCGUAAAACCUGGCAUAAUCCCCACACACCCAGACUCCUACAGGUAACUCUCCCUGUGGAAGAGAACGAUCAACCCCCGCGUGGACAGCGCCUAUCAUCUCCACAGUCAAUUACUGUCACCAACAGUGGGAUUUAAGGGGAAAACCUCGGGACAAGAUCUGCUGGGGUUGAGGCUGAACACACAAAGUCUAAAGGAAUUCUGUCAGAUCUUGGAGGAUGGAGCCUUCUCAGUCAGAGAUGAACAUAUUAUCUAACGGCAAAAACGACCACGACGACGACACCUGUUUGCCAUCAAAGACCCCUCUCAACGAGGAACAAUUUGAGGACCCUGAAGGUGGACUGGAGAGUGAGGAGUUUUUGCCCAGUGGAAAUGGAAAGAAGGCCAUACGCUUCACAGAUUUUGAGGGAAAGACCUCUUUUGGGAUGUCGAUCUUCAACCUGGGAAAUGCUAUUAUGGGCAGUGGAAUCCUUGGAUUGGCUUAUGCCAUGGCCAACACAGGCAUUCUCCUCUUCUUGUUUCUUUUGACUGCAGUUGCAGCUUUAUCAGCCUAUUCCAUUCACCUGCUCCUCAAAGCAGCUGGCAUUGUGGGAAUUCGAGCUUAUGAGCAGCUGGGGUACAGGGCCUUUGGCACUCCAGGAAAAAUGGCUGCUGGGAUUGCAAUCACCCUGCAGAAUAUUGGAGCGAUGUCCAGCUACCUUUACAUUGUUAAAUCUGAGUUGCCCCUGGUCAUCCAAGCUUUCCUUAAAGAGGAUCCCAACUCUGACCUUUGGUACUUGAAUGGAAACUACCUUGUCAUCAUUGUCUCUGCCUGUGUCAUCCUGCCACUUUCUUUAAUGAAACAGCUUGGUUACCUUGGCUACACCAGUGGAUUUUCUCUCAGCUGCAUGGUGUUCUUUCUCACUGCAGUCAUUUUUAAGAAGUUUCAGACUCCUUGCCCGUUCGAGGAGUAUUCAGUCAACAGCACUGCUGCACACCACAGCCCGAAUGUCUCAAACCACAUCCAGGAGUACAUCGCUGGUGGUGUUCCUGAGGAAGACGACUCUCACUGCGGCCUUCGGAUGAUCACCCUCAACACACAGACGGCUUACACAAUCCCUAUUUUGGCUUUCGCUUUUGUUUGCCACCCAGAGGUUUUGCCCAUCUACACCGAGCUGCGAAAUCCAUCAAAGAAGAAGAUGCAAAAGGUUUCCAAUAUUUCCAUCCUUGUUAUGUACACCAUGUACUUUCUGGCUGCUCUGUUUGGCUACUUGACCUUUUAUGAUAAAGUGGAGCCUGAACUGCUGCACACCUACAGUCGCAUUGAUCCCUAUGACACUUUGAUCCUGUGCGUGCGUGUGGCUGUCCUUACUGCUGUGACCCUAACUGUGCCGAUUGUCCUGUUCCCUGUGCGCAGAGCCAUCCUCCACAUGUUAUUCCCCACCAAACCUUUUAGCUGGUUACGCCACGUCCUCAUCGCCCUCGUUCUGCUCUUCUUCAUCAACAUGCUUGUGAUAUUUGCACCUAACAUUUUGGGCAUCUUUGGUGUGAUAGGUGCCACCUCUGCUCCAUGCCUCAUCUUCAUUUUCCCUGCUGUCUUUUACAUCCGCAUCGUUCCCAAAGAGGAUGAACCCAUGAGCUCCGUACCCAAGAUAGUGGCUGUUUGUUUUGCCGCUUUGGGUGUCUCCUUUAUGGUAAUGAGUCUAAGCUUCAUAAUCAUCGACUGGACCAGUGGGACCAGCCGCGCAGCGGGAGGCCACUAAUCGCCGCUGUGGCGCUUGCUUUCAGGAAAAGGCCUCCUUCUGUGAUGCAGGCAGCCUGAAGAAGCAGAGUCACAGCUGGAGAAACACAUCACCAGCUGUCAGCCUUUUAAAAUAAACAGUAUAUGGUGGCAUGCAAAUAACGAAACAAAACCUUUCAGAUACUAAUAUUAGAUUAUUUAAUUUAAUGAAGAGCGAAUGGAAUUUGUUUAAAUAAUCAGAAGUAAAUAAGGGAGGGGCUGAUUCAGUGGUAAAAAAUGUGUAAAUCGGAAAAAAAGGUUUUAUUUUCACCCAAACAGCUGGUCCUGUACUGAUAAUUUAGGAGAGGAUCGUUUUUAAAAUUUAGAGUGUUUCGUCAUGAGACAAACAGAAGCAUUUAGUUUAAACAAAUCUCACUUAUCUAACAUGAAAUGAAUAACCUAUAGAUUCAGUCAUUCAUUAACCCUUGUGCUAUCCUAGGCACUUUAACAUUGGGAGUUGGGUCAUCUAGACCCACUAAACAGUGCGCUGAACCUUUUUUCUUCAAUGAUUUGUCAUCUUCGCUGGUGUCCAUGGAUUACAUGAAAUCUUUCCACCUUUAUCCACCUUUGUCAUGGUAAGGAGAACACGUCAAUGUAAGGGUGGGGUCAUCUAAGAUAGCACAAGGGUCACAGGUGUGAUUCAAGAAUGGUGAUGAUAAUUUAACUCUUUCUUAGUUUGCAUUUAAUCUUUGGUGCCUUGCAGUAUUUGGAAUGACAACCAAAGCAUAGAGUGAAACAUAAAUUUAUUCAGAUAAUUACUAUUCAUGUGGGACUAUUUUUAACUUUUGAUAACACAAAGAAACUCAAUAUGAUGUUAUUUUUUCCUAAAGAGUACACAGUUAAAAAAAGCUGCAUAAUUUACAGAAUUGUAUCUUAAUAUGCUUCAAAUCAAUCGCACAAACGUAACAGACUGAAAUCUUUACCUUCAAAUAUUUUCUACUUGCAUUGUAAAAAGGUGUCAUCCCUUACUCUCUUCAGAAUAUCAGAUACAUCCACACAUAAUUAAAAAUGAGUAUUCACGUACAGUUUUGUCAGACACAGACUGUGUGCGCCACACACACAAGCAAAUACCUAAAUAAAAGCAUUAACAUUUAAAAUACUUCAAAAACUAUGUAAUACGUGUACUUUUGGCCAUUUUUUAUAAUAAAGGUGUGAUCAAAAUAUCCAGAGAUGUAAAUUUAUUUCAUGGCAUUGUUAUUAUUGUCAAUUAUCGCCUUUACGAGAUAAUGUUACUUUCGACUAAAAAAAUCCCUUUAAAACUAGAAAGUAUGAACUCAUAUACUUUAAAUAGGAUAUUGCCUGUGUCUGUUCACUAUCUUGUUUGGAGAUGUAUUUUGUGGAUGAAAGGUGAAUUCAUGGUGGGAUUUUUAUUCUUCAGUGUUCUGGGUUGAAGUGUUCUGAACAUCUUGACAGUUUAGACUUCCAGAGUUUUGCAUGUUUAUUUCUAUUUUUCUCAUCAGUGAGCAGCACGGUGACUGAUAUUGCUUUUGCAUUGUUGUGUAUAAUUGUUAAAGUCUAACUUUCAAAUUUGAAGGCACCUUGCUUUUGAAGUAUUGAUUUGUGAUGUAAUGUUAUGAAAACUAAGAAAUAACGCUUCUGAAUUACUGUGAUGAUGCAAGUUUGAUAUGACUAGGAACAAAUUUACUGUGUCAAAAAAAAAAUUGAAAGCGAAUAUUUUUUAUUUUAUUUUAUAACCCCCCCCCCCCCCCCCCCCCUUAGAAAUGCUAUGCCUUAAUGAUUUGAACGCUGCUGAAAAAGUUCAGAUACGACAUAUGUUGUUGUUUUAUUACUAAAAAAUAUGUAUAAUUUCUGAUUUUAAAAUACAAACUAUCCACAGAAAAAUCCAGAGUUUUAAUCCUAGUUUAUUUUACAAGAAGAGUUCUAACUCACCAACUUUGAAAACCUUUUUUGUAUUAAGUUUUUCUUUGUAAAGACAGUUGGAAACAGCAUAAGAUAUGUAGUUUUAGUCUUUUUUUGUCCCUUCACGUACUUUGCCGUUUGUCUAUGUUAAACUUUAGCAUCGUCCUCUUCAUGUCAUUGUAAAGAAAUAAGCCAAAAAUAACAACUAACUACCUACCUACAUUUCUGAAAUGCUUCAAACAAGCUCUGGCUGCAACCAAACAUAUAAAAUCCGUUUCUCUCUUGUACAUUGAACAAAUCCAUGUCAUGUUUCACAUCUAACUGCUUUAAUCUGUACAAGGAUACCAGUAUCUAAAGUUUAAAUGUUGAUGAACAAGAUCGAACCUUAUAUUAAUAAUGUACAGUAUAUUAAUGUAAACCUUUUUUUAUUUGUCAUACAUAUUUACUGUAGCUUGUAAAGUGUAAAUAUUUGGGACAGUUUUAGUUUGGUAAAUAAAAUAAUUGUAGAUGGCUUUAAA